AUGGCUCCCAGGACAGGUGCCGAGGCCCCCCUUGGAUCUGGGCCCUGUUUGGGGGUUGAAUGCCAAGCUGGCCACCCAACCUUAGUUCUGAUGCUCUUUGUCAGUGUCCUGGUGACGUGGCUUGAGGCUGCUAAACUCACCGGGGGGUUCCAGGCCCCCUGGAACAUCUCCCAUCCAUUCAGUGUGCAAAGGCUGGGUGCCGGACUCCAGAUUGCCAUGGACAAGGUAAACUCUGAGCUGGCGACUGGAAAUUUCAGCUGGGAGUUUACUUACACCAACUCAACCUGCAGCGCCAAGGAGUCUCUUGCUCUUUUCAUCAACCAGGUCCAGAAAGAAGAAAUUUCUGCCCUGUUUGGACCAACGUGCCCAGAAGCAGCAGAGGUAGAACAUCCCUUUGGUUACUUUCAAGGUUAUUGGUUUGCUGGCUUCCCCAUGUUUGACUUUGUUGGACAAACAGCAAAACUGGAGAACAACUUCUUGUAUGACACCUAUGUGAAACUUGUGCCACACAUGCACAGAGUCGGUGAUGUGCUCCAGAAAAGCCUCCAGUACCUGGGCUGGAAACGCAUUGGGAUGUUUGGAGGUCACUCUGGGACUUCCUCCUGGGAUGGAGUGGAUGAGUUGUGGAGGGUUGUAGGGAAUGAACUCAAAUCCCAUUUCACCAUCACCGCCAGCAUGAAAUACACCAACAACAAUCCAGCCUUCCUUCAAGAGAAUCUUAGGAGCCUGUCAUUGAUUUCCAGAGUUCUUAUCUUAAUCUGCAGCUCAGAAGAUGCAAAACUUAUCCUGCUGGCUGCAGAGAACCUGGGACUCCACACAGGAGAAUUCGUCUUUAUCAUUUUGCAGCAGCUGGAGGACAGUUUUUGGAAGGAGGUAUUGACAAAUCAGAAGCUGAUGCACUUUCCCUCAGUCUACAAGUCAGUGAUUCUCAUAGCCCUCAGCUCCUCCCGAGAAGGCCCUGGAGAUGAUGAAGGCUUCCGAGAGCUGGUCCAACGAAGGCUGCGGGGGCCGCCCUUCCACGGCCCCCUCCAUGUGCUGGAGCAGGUGAGCCCUUACUCUGCUUACUUUCACGAUGCAGUCCUGCUGUAUGCUGAGACCGUGAAGGAGGUGAUAACAGCCAGAAGGGAUUUCUGGGAUGGGCGGCAGCUCGUCAUCACUCUGAAAGGCUCCAAUCAGACUGCUUUGCAGGGAAUCACUGGCCCCGUGUUUGUGGACUCCCAGGGAGAAAGACGCAUGGAUUACUGGGUCUAUGCCCUACAGAAAUCCCCAAACGGGUCCCUCUUUCUUCCUUUUCUUCAUUAUGACAGCUAUCAGGAAGUCAUCAGGCACUCUCCAGGCAGGGAUGAUACCCAUGGGGAAUUUCUCCACGGUUCCCUUCCUGAAGACAGACGUGGCUGUGGAUUUUCCAAUGAGCUCUGUGAACCUGAGCCUGCUUUUGCAGAUCAGUUAACGAUAUGCCCUCCAGGUGUGACUGCUGUGAUUUUCACCGUAACCCUCCUGAUUACCAACCUGGGAGCCGUCAUCAUAGGUCUGAUUUUAAGGAUACAGAGGGGAAAACUGCAGAGGCAAAAUAAAGGUCUUUGGUGGCAAAUCAAUUAUGAUGACAUCACCAUUCUGUCCCAGAACAAGCCAUCCCAGAGAGGCACACCUGUGUCGAGAGGCAACAACAGUAACUCAUCUAGUGUGAUGAUUUCUGGGGGCUUCAGCUCCUUGGCUGAGAAUCAGCAGGGCGAAGAGCUCUUUUAUGCCCCAGCAGGGCUUUACCGGGGAAGCCAUGUGGCCAUCUGUGAUGUUGGUGACCAGGCGCAAGUCUGGGUCAGGAAGCCGUCUGUGCUGCAGGAAAUCCGGCUGAUGUAUUAAUUAAGGCAUGAAAACAUUGUUCCCGUCUUUGGUAUUUGCACAGAAUCACCCAGCAUCUGCAUUGUCACCCAAUGUUGCAAAAGAGGAAGCCUUAAGGAUGUUUUGAGAAACUCAGGCAAUGAAAUUGAUUGGAUAUUCAAGCUCUCAUUUGCAUAUGACAGAGUCAACGGCUUGCUGUUCCUCCACAGGAGCCCACUGGGAUCCGUUGGCAACCUGAAGCCUUCCAACUGCCUGGUGGGCAGACGGAUGCAGGUGAAGUCAGGAUUUGGGCUGUGGGAACUCAAAUAUGGCCGGACGUACAGAACAUAUAACGAGAGAACGACGGACCGCUCGGACUCUGACUCUUCCUACUUGUCCAAGUUACUGAACACUCCUGAGUCUCACCUGGCACUGUCCUGGGCCCUGAGCUCUGCUGGACGGCUCCCAGAGGUGCCCCUGUCGGGCACCCUGAAGGGAGACAUUUACAGCUUUGCCAUCCUGAUGAGGGAGCUGAUCCACCACCAGGACCACGAACAUUUUGAUUAUCGAAACCUGGCACCAGAGGAAAUCAUCAGCCAAAUCAAGGACCCCAGGGCAUCAGUGCCACUUCGACCUUCCCUGUCAGAAGAGAAGGGAAAUGAAAAGAUGGUGGUCAUAGUGAAGGCAUGUUGGAAUGAACCUCCAGAGAAAAGGCCCACUUUCCCUUCCAUCAAGAAAAUGUUAUGGGAAGCCAGUCCCAGAGGCCACGUGAAUGUACUAGACAGUAUGGUGAGCAAGCUGAAAGUGUACCUCAGUCACCUGGAAGAGGUGGUGGAAGAGAGGACCAGCUAGCUGAUGGCCGAGAAGAGGAAUGUGGAUCAGCUUCUGUCCACAAUGCUGCCCAGCUUCAUUGGAGAACAGUUCAUAGCUGGAAGAGUCGUGGAACCAGAGCAUUUUCAGUCCAUGACAAUCUUUUUCUCUGACAUUGUUGGAUUCACAAAACUCUGUUCUCUCAGCUCCCCGCUGCAACUUGUGCAGCUCCUUAAGGACCUGUACAGUUUAUUUGAUCACAUCAUUAAAACUUAUGAUGUGUAUAAGGUUGAAACCAUUGGAGAUGCAUACAUGGUGGCUAGCGGACUUCCCAUCCGAAAUGGUACCCAACGCGUGGACCAGAUUGCCACGACGUCCUUGCACUUCCUUAGUGCCACCAUCCAUUUCCAGAUGGGGCACGUGCCUGAGGACAAGCUUAAGCUCUGGAUUGGCCUCCACACAGGUCCCAUGGUGGCUGGCGUGGUAGGAAUCACCAUGCCCAGAUACUGUCUGUUUGGAGACUCUGUGAACAUGGCAUCCAGAAUGGAAAGUAGCAGUUUGCAUGGGUAUCCUCUCCAGAGUCAGGUCUCUCAGAGCACUGCAGGCGCCCUGCUGGCGUUGGGAGGGUGUGAUUUGCAAAAGAGAGGCACCAUUCCAGUCAAGGGCAAAGGAGAGCCGACAAGCUUCUGGUUGAAGGGCAAAGAAGGCUUCACUAUCCCACUCCCCGAAUUUACUGAGGAUGAAGCUAAAGUCCCAGAGAUCUUCUGA